GUCAAGCCUCAGACUAAGACAGUCCAGUCCAGUGAAGUGCAGUGCCGUCCAGUUCAGUCUUCUGAAGUGCUGUCCGGCUCAGUCCAGUCCAGUCCAGUCCAGUCCACUGAUGUGCAGUCCAGUCCAUUCACUGAAAUCCUCGCCCGUCCAGUCCAAUUCCAAUUCAUUCUCUUCCAGCUAAGUACAUUUCAAUCCAGCGUAGGCCAGGUCCAUACAAGUCAACAGCAGUCGAGUCGAGUCUAGUCCAGUCGAUUGCAGUGCAGAGCAGUGCAAUCCGUAACAGCUCAGCCCAGUCCCGUCCCGUCCAGUCCAGAACAACUAACUGCCGUUGAGUCCAGCACAAUGCAGUCCCGCUCAGUCUAGUUAGGAACACCCAAGUGCAUUGCAGCCCGUCCAGGCAACUGAAGUGCUAUUCGGAAAAGUCCACAUUGAAUCCCAUACAAGCGUAUUUCAGUCCAGUCUUGUCUUCAGUUGUCACACCAACACAAUCAAGAGCGUCUACUUACGGCAUUGUCAUAGACAGGUCUUUUUUAAUGAUACCUUAAUAAUAGUAUACCUAAUAACUGAAAAGUAAACAAGAAUAAUUGAUAAUCAAUAAAAGAUAAAAUAAAUAAAAAAUAUCCAUCUCAUUCACUGAAAACAUAAAAUAAUUGAUGAAGAACUAACGAAAUGAUGAAUUAAUAGGGAGAUGAAUAAAUAUAUAUAUAAAUUGAUAUAUUAAUAAGUUGAGAAAUAGUUACGUUGUUAAAUAAAUACAAUUUUAACGUAUGGUCAAUGUAUAAACAAUAUUUUUGCAGAAUACUAAAAUCUACUACCACGUUGUCUUAAAAGUUUGCAAGAAUAUUUUCUCACAAGACUAAGUUUUCCGAAGACACUACCUGACCUUUGGAAAGACACAUGCAAUCACAGGGUCACUAGUAGUUCAUGAUUGAAUUUGAAACACUGAGAUAUCAGCUGAGCAUAACCACAGGUGCGUUAAAUGUUUGAGUAAUGGAUUAAAAGCUAGUCGAAGCGGAUUGUCUUCCUCUUACAAAAAGUGCUACAUAGUAUAGUAUACUAUAGUAUUCAAGUUAAAGGACGGAUAUUAGAAGAGGAGGACUGGAGUGCUUCAUAAAAAGAUAGCCAUACAACAAGUUGAGCUACAACAGCGAGGAGAAUCCAAACCUAGGACAUAACCACAACAACAUUAAAUUUCUGAGUAAUUGAUUAAAGGCUAGUUGAAGCGGAUUGCCUUCCUCUUAGAAAAGUACAACAUAGUAUAGUAUAGAAUUGAAUUUAAGCUGCGAUAUCAGUAAAAAAGGACUGGAGUUCUUCAUGAAAAGAUAGCCAUAACAACAAGCUACAAUACCGAGGAGAAUCCAAGGCUAGGAAAUAACCACAGGUAUGUUAAAUGUGUCAGGAAAGGAAGCAUAGUAAAGUCUAGUCUAGUAUAGUGUAAUCUAGGAGUUACGGUUGUCUCGAGUUUGCCAGAAUUAAUAUAGGAGAAGAGCGGGUUUUUUUUUCGAUUUAUGAGCUUCAGACAUUUUAACUUUCUGCAGCUCAAGAUAAGCUCAUUUUACGCAGCUUUCCAUCACUGAGAAGGUAAGUAAAGAAUUAAAACAAUGUGAUACUAACCUGUGUAACAUGGGUUCGUUGGCUGAUAGGAAAACCCUGAUGCGUUGCAUAAAACAGUUGUAAGAAAACGUUAUGGUCGACCUACAGGUCAUCUAAAAGAGGUAAGGCCGGCAGGUUUUGAUUGCAACAAGUUUUGUCAGAUUUUUUCUUUUAAGCAUCACCUCGUGGCUCACUUUGAAUGAGAGCAGGACUGGAGUGCUUCAUAAAAAGAUAGCGACAACCACAAGCUAAGAUAAAAAAGCGUAAAGAAUCCAAAGCAAGGACAUAAUCACAGGUACGUUAAAUUUCUGAGUAAUGGAUUACGGGCCAGUCGAAACGGAAAAAGUACUACAUAGUGUAAUAUAGUAACAAAUUGAAAUUAAAGUUCGGAUAUCAGCAAAACAGGACUGGAGUGCUUCAGGAAAAGAUACCCAUAACAACAAGCCGAGCUACAACAGCGAGGAGAAUCCAAAGCUAGGACAUGGUAUGUUAAAUGUCUCAGGAAAGGAAGUCCAGUGUAGUCUAAUGUAGGUAGUGUAGGAGUUAAGGUUGUCUCGAGUUUGCCAGAAUUUAUAUAAGAGAAGAGCGGGCCUUUUUUUCGAUUUAAGACCUUGAGAUAUUUUAACUUUCUCCAGUUCAAGAUAAGCUCAUUUUUAGUGGCUUCCCAUCACUGAGAAGGUAAGUAAAGAAUUAUAAUACUGUGACGCUAACCUGUGUAACAUGGGUUCCUUGGCAUAUAGGAAAACCGUGAUGCGUUGCAUAGAUCAGUUAGAGGAAAAAGUUAUGGCCGAUCAGCACUACAGGUCAUCUGAAAGAGGUAAGGCCGGCAUGUUUGGAUUGCAACAAGUUGUUCGAUUUUUUCUUUUCAGCAUGACCUCGUGGCUCACUUAAAAUCACGUCAAAACCAAAUAGCACAUCGAGCGCUUCAUAGGUAAUAUGUAAUCAUUGGUAAGAGUUAUUCUUUCUUCUAGACUAUCUGAAAUUCUCUGUUUACAGAACUUUUUUGGUGGUUUCCUGAUUAAUUGUUUUAACGACAACGUUUCACAAUGUGACGUGUUUGAUAUUUAACUACCUUUUUUUCUCUAAACAGUUUUCUGUUUUCAGUGAAGAAAAACUAGUGUUUUCAAACAAGACCUAGUCAGCAGCCCAUCAGAAAGCUGACAGAUGACGAUUAACUGUAAGUAUUCAAUUAUGGGACAAAUUAAGGAAAACUAACACGAUACCCAUUGUUACAUAUUUCGUAUGCUCAAAACACGAAUUGUCUUAAAUAAUUAAAACUGAAACUAGCUUCAUACUAUAAUAUUUAUUUCGUUGAUGUUUUCUCAAAACAUCAGUAUCUUAUCAGUCUUUAUUAGCAGUCGUUUUGCAUGCAAGUCAAGUGUAGAUUAAUAUAUUGCCAUCUACUCCAUUGCAGUUUAGGUCAUCCGGAACAAUGCUUUUAACUUACAUUUAGUGCUGUGCUAAGCUAUCCUGUGUGGUCUAGUCCAGUGGAGUACAUUCAUGUACAGUGCAGCACAGUCUUUGUCAGUUUCAUUUGGAAACGUAGAAUGCAGUUCGGUGCAGAUCAGUAUAGCGAGGUGCAGUGACUGUCCUGUAUUGUACUUUCCAAUUCAAUCCAGGGUUGUGCAAUGUAGUGCAGUCUGGUGAAGUCAAGCUCAGAGUAAGACAGUCCAGUCCAGUGAAGUGCAUGCCGUCUAGUUUAGUCUUCUGAAGUGCUCUCCGGCUCAGUCCCACUCCACUGACGCGCGGUCCAGUCCAAUUCCAUUUCAUUCCCUUCCAGCUAAGUGCAUUUUAAUCCAGCGUAGCCCAGGUCCAUACAAGUCAACAGCAGUCGAGUCGAGUCUAGUCCAGUCAAGUGCAGUGCAGAGCAGUGUAAUCCGCAAGAGCUCAGCCCAGUCCCGUCCCAUCCAGUCGUGAACAACUAAUUACCACCGAGUCGAGGACACCACAGUCCUGCUCAGUCGAGUUAGGAACAACCAUGUGCAUUGCGGCCCGUCCAGUCAAGUGAAGUGCUAUUCCGAAAAGCCCACAUUUAAGCCCAUACAUGUGUAUUUCAGUCCAGUGUUGUCUUCAGUUGUCAAACCAACACAAGGAACAGCGUCUACUUACAUUGUGGUAGAAAGGUCCUUUUCAAUGAUACCUUGGGCCACUUAGGCCUGUCACUUGGGCUUUACUUUUAAUAAAAGUGUACCUAAUAACCUAAAAACAAACAAAAAUAAUUGAUAAUCAAUAAACGAUAAAAUAAAAAAAUAAAUAUAUCUCAAUAACUGAUAACAUUGAUUAAUUAUGGAAGAACUAAAGAAAUGAUCAAUUGAUAGGGAGAUCAAUAAAUAUGUAAAUAAAUUGAUAUAUAAAUAGGUUGAGAAAUAGUUACGUUGUUAAAUAAACACAAUUUUAUCGCAUGGUCUAUGUAUUAACAAUAUUUUUGCAGAAUAUUAAAAUACAAUACCACGUGGUCUUGGAGGUUUGCAAGCAUUUUUUCUCACAAGACUAAGUUUUACCAAGACGCCAGCUGACUUUUAGAAAGACACAAGCAAUCACAGGGUCGCUAGUGAUUCAUGGCUCAAUUUGCAACACUGGGAUAUCAGUAGAGCAGGACUGGAAUGGAUAAUCAUAACAACAAACUGAGAACCAGCUGCGAAGAGAAUCCAAGGCUAGGACAUAAGCAGAGGUACGUUAAAUUUCUGAGUAGUGGAUUAAAAGCUACUCGAAGCGGAUUGUCUUCCUCUUACCAAAAGAACUACAUAUUGUAGUAUAGUAUUAAAGUUAAAGCACGGAUAUCAGUAGAGGAGAACUAGAUUGCUUCAUUAGAUGAUAGUCAUUACAACAAGCUGAGCUACAACAGCGAGGAGAAUCCAAAGUUAGGACAUAACCACAGGUACAUUUAAUUUCAGAAUAAUAAUUUAAAGGCUAGUUGAAGCGGAUUUCUUUCUCUUAUAAAAGUGCUACAUAGUAUAGUAUAGUAAAAUAUUGAAUUUAAACCUGGGAUGUCAGUAGAACAGGACUAGAGUGCUUCAUGAAAAGACAGCCAUAACAAAAAGCUGAGCUACAACAACGAGGACAAUUCAAAGCUAGGACAUAACCACAGGUAUGUUAAAUGUCUCAGUAAAGGAAGUAUACUAUAGUCUAGUCUAGUCUUAGAGUUAAGGUUGUCUCGAGUUUGCCAGAAUUAAUAUAAAAGAGGAGCGUGCCUUUUUUUCCAUUUUAGGGCUUAAGACAUUUUAACUUUCUGCAACUCACGAUAAGCUCAUUUCAGCGACUUUCCAUCACUGAGAAGGUAAGUAAAUAAUCACAACAAUUUGAUACUAACCUGAGUAAGAUGGGUUCGUCCGCUAAUAGGAAAACCCUGAUGCGUUGCCUAAAGCAGUUGUAGGGAAAAGUUAUGGUCGAUCAUCACUACAGGUCAUCUGAAAGAGGUAAGGCCGGCAUGUUUUGAUUGCAACAAGUUCUGUCAGGUUUUUUUUUUUUUCUUCAGCAUGACCUCAUGGCUCAGUUCGGAUCAGAGCAGGACUGGAGGGCUUAAAAAGAUAGCCAUAACAACAAGCUGAGCUACAACAGAGAGGAGAAUCCAAAGCGAGGACGUGACCACAGGUAUGUUAAAUGUCUCAGCAAAGGAAGUAUACUAUAGUCUAGUUUAGUCUAGUGAAGGAGUUAAGGUUCUCUCGAGUUUGCCAGAAUUAAGAUAAAAGAGCGCGCCUUUUUUCUUAUUUUAGAGCUUGAGACAUUUUAACUUUCUGCAACUCACGAUAUGCUAAUUUCAGCGGCUUUGCAUCACUGAGAAAAUAAACAAUUUGGUACUAACCUGUGCAAGAUGGGUUCGUUCACUGAUAGGAAACCCCGAUGCGUUGCCUAAAGCAGUUCUAAGAAAAUUUAUGGUCGAUCAGCACUACAUGUCAUCUGAAAGAGGUAAGGCCGGCAUGUUUCCAUUGCAACAAGUUUUGUUAAAUCUUUUUUUUUUUUUCAUCAUGACCUCAUGGCUCAGUUCGGAUCAGAGCAGGACUGGAGUGCUUCAUAAAAAGAGAGCCAUAACAAAAAGCUGAGCUACAACAGAGGGGACAAUCCAAAGCUUGGACAUAACCACAGGUAUGUAAAAUGUCUCAGUAAAGGAAGUAUACUCUAGUCUAGUCUAGUCUAAGAGUUAAAGUUGUCUUGAGUUUGCCAGAAUUAAUAUAGAAGAAGAGCGUGUCUUUUUUUCCACUUUAGAGCUCGAGACAUUUUAACUUUCUGCGGCUCACGAUAAGCUCAUUUCAGCGACUUUGCAUCACUUAGAAGGUAAGUAAAUAAUCAUAACAAUUUGAUACUAACCUGUGCAAUAUGAGUUCGUUCUCUGAAAGGAAAACCCUGAUGCGUUGCCUAAAGCAGUUUUUGGAAAAAGUGAUGGUCAAUCAGCACUACGGAUCAUCUGAAAGUGGUAAGGCCGGCAUGUUUCCAUUGCAACAAGUUUUGUUAGAUUUUUUUUUCUUCAGCAGGACCUCGUGGCUCAGUUCGGAUCAGAGAAGGACUGGAGUGCUUCAUAUAAAGAGAGCCAUAACAACAAGCUGACCUACAACAGAGAGGAGAAUCCAAAGCUUGGACAUAAUCACAGGUAUGUUAAAUGUCUCGGCAAAGGAAGUAUACUAUAGUCUAUUCUAGUCUAGUGAAGGAGUUAAGGUUGUUAAAGCAGUUGUAGGAAAAAGUGAUGGUCAAUCAGCACUACAGAUCAUCUAAAAGAGGUAAGGCCGGCAUGUUUCCAUUGCAACAAGUUUUGUUAGAUUUCUUUUUUUCUUUUUUUUCUUUCUGCAUGACCUCGUAACUCAGUUCGGAUCAGUGCAGCACUGGAGGGCUUCAUAAAAAGAGAGCCAUAACAAGAAGCUGAGCCACAACAGAGAGGAGAAUUCAAAGCUAGGACAUAACCUUUGCAUCACUGAGAAGGUAAGUAAAUAAUCAUAACAAUUUGAUACUAACCUGAGUAAGAUGAGUUCUUUCACUGAUAGCAAAACCCUGAUGCGUGAUACUCCAACCUGAGCUACAACAGCGAAGAAAUUCCAAAGCUAGGACCUAACCACAGGUAUGUUAAAUAUCUCAGUAAAGGAAGUCUAGACUAGUCUAGUCUAGUCUAGUGUAGGAGUUAAGGUUGUCUCGAGUUUGCCAGAAUUAAUAUAAAAGAACAGCGGGCCCUUUUUUCGGUUUAAUAGCUUUAGACAUUUUAACUUUCUGUGGCUCAAGAAAUCCUCAUUUUCAGCGGCUUAGCAUCACUGAGAAGGUAAGUAAAGAAUUAUAGCAAUGUGACACUAACCUGUGUAAGAUGGGUUCCUUGGCUGACAGCAAAACCCUGAUGCGUUGCAUAAAGUAGUUGUAGGAGAAAGUUCUGGUCGUUCAGCACUACAGGUCAUCUGAAAGACGUAAGGCCGGCAUGUUCUGAUUGCAACAGGUUGCUAGAUUUUUUCUUUUCAGCAUGACCUCGUGGCUCACUUCAAACCACGUCAAAACCAAAUAGCACAUCGAGCGCUUCAUAGGUAAUAUGUAAUCAUUUGUAAGAGUUAUUCUUUCUUCUAUACUAUCUGAAAUUUUCUGUUUACAGAAAUUUUUGGGUGGUUUCUUGAUUAAUUGUUUUAAUGACAACGUUUUACAAUGUAACUUGUUUAAUAUUUCAACAUCUUUUUUUCUCUGAACAGUUUUCUGUUUUAAGUGGAGAAAAACUAUUGUUUCAAACAAGGCCUAAUCAGCAGCCCAUGACGAUUGAGGCCUAAUGACAAAUGACGAUUAACUGUAAGUAUUCAAUUAUGGGACAAAUUAAGGAAAACUAACACGAUACCCAUUGUUACAUAUUUCGUAUGCUCAAAACACAAAUUGUCUUGAAUAAUUGAAACUGAAACUAGCUUCAUAAUAUAACUUUUAUUUCGUUGAUGUUUUCUCAAAACAUCAGUAUAUUAUCUGUCUUUAUUAGCAGUCUUUUUGCAUGUAAGUCAAGUGUAGAUUAAUGUAUUGCCAUCUACUCCAUUGCAGUUUAGGCAAUCCAAAACAUUCCUUUUAACUUACUUCCAGUGCUGUGCUAAGCUAUCCUGUGUGGUCUAGUCCGGUGGAGUACAUUUAAAUAGAGUGCAGUACAGUCUUUAUCAGUUUCAUUUAAAAACGUGGAAUGCAGUUCGGUGCAGAUCAGUCUAGCGAGGUACAGUGAGUGUCCUGUAUGGUACUUUCCAGUUCUAUCCAGGGUAGUGCAGUCUGGUGAAGUCAAGCUCAGACUACGACAGUCCAGUCCAGUGAAGUGCAGUGCAGUGCCGUCCAGUUCAGUCUUCUGAAGUGGUCCGGCUCAGUCCAGUCUAGUCCACUCCACUGACGUGCGGUCCAGUCCAUUCAGUGAAAUCUGCGCCCGUCCAGUCCAAUUCCAAUUCAUUCCCUACCAGCUAAGAACAUUUAAAUCCAGCAUAGCCCAGGUCCCAUAUAAGUCAACAGCAGUCGAGUCUAGUCCAGUCAAGUGCAGUGCAGUCCCGUCCCGUCCAAUACAACUAACUACCGUUGAGUCCAGCACAACGCAGCCCUACUCAGUCAAGUUAGGAACAACCAAGUGCAUUGCGGCCCGUCCAGUCAAGUGAAGUACUACUCGGAAAAGUCCACAUUGAAGCCCUUACAAGUGUAUCAGUCCUGUGUUGUCUUAAGUUGUGACACUAACACAAUCAAGAGCGUCUACUUACGGCAUUGUCGUAGACAGGUCGUUUUUAAUGAUACCUUAAUAAAAGUAUACCUAAUAACUGAAAAGUAAACAAGAAUAAUUGAUAAUCAAUCAAAGAUAAAAUAAAGAAAUAAAAUGUAUAUCUCAAUAACUGAAAGCAUUGAUUAAUUCUUGAAGAACUAAAGAAAUGAUGAAUUAAUAGGGAGAUAAAUAAAUAUGUAAAUAAAUUGAUAUAUUAAUAAGUUCAGAAGUAGUUACGUUGUUAAAUAAAUACAAUUUUAUCGUAUGGUCUAUGUGCAUAAAAGUCAAGUGCAGAUUAAUGUAUUGCCAUCAACUCCAUUGCAGUUUAUGCAAUCCAGAACAAUUCUUUAAACUUACUUCUAGCGCUGUGCAAAGCUAUCCUGUUUGCUCUAGUCCAAUGAAGUACAUUCACGUGCAGCACAGUACAGUCUAUGUCAGUUUCAUUUGGAAACGUGGAUUGCAGUUCGGUGCAGAUCAGUCAAGCGAGGUGCAGUGAACUGGCUGUCAUGUAUGGUACUUUCCAGUUCAAUCCAGGGUAGUGCAGUGUAGUGUAGUCUGGUAAAGUCAAGGUCAGGCAAAGACAGUCCAGUCCAGUUAGGUGCAGUGCCGUCCAGUUCAGUCUUCUGAAAAGCUGUCCGGCUCAGUCCAGUCCAGUCCAGUCCACUCCGCUGACGUGUACUCCAGUCCAGUUUAAUCCGGUCCAGUCCAUU